AUACCCAUUUGCAAGCAACUAAGCUAGCUGUUCCAGUGCCUGGCUAACCUUACGUACGUCAGCCAGAUCAAGCCGCAAGCGGCAGAUAGUUUCCCCAGAAGUCAAUACCGCAUCGAGCUCCAUCGGAUAUCGUGUAAAACCAUUAUGACACGACGUUCAACCCUAUCGGCAAUAUUUUUUGUGGGCUGUUGGGCACUUCUGGCAGGUUCAACAUCCGUAGUAGAAGCGUUCAAUUUCAACUCACGUCUUUCGCACGGAGCAAAGUCCACCACCCCCGAUGAAGAAGACGGACCUCCGGCAUCAGCUCAGUUCAAGGCUGCAGCGUACCCCAGGCAAGAGGUGUCCACUUUUCCGGUAAUCGAUCGUACUGCGGAUUUGGAGGACAAACUCAAAACGUUGGACCUGUCUAUAUCGAAAUUCCAAACGUCGGUGGAGUACAUCACUCAACAGCUGGGAAGAAGAUUAGAGAGUAUAGAGCAGAAGCUGGCCCGUCUUGAAGCUACAACAGACGUGCAGCGAAUCGCUAAACAGCAAGACCAGUCCACACAACUGAAUACGAAGUUGGACGUAAUCAACGAGAAACUCUCGACUAAGCUAUCGACAAUUGAUGGCAAAAUUGACGCCAAGCUUGAACGAUCCUGGACGAAGCUAGAUAUGCUAAGCCAUGGUUAUGACAAACAGUUUGAGGAUCUCAUGGGACGAGUUGUCAAGCAGGAUUCCAAAAGAGACACCGAAUAUCAAAGAUCUCUGCAGAAGAUGGAAGUUGUUGAGAACCUGGUACGCUCUAUGGGGAAGAUGCUAAUGGACUCAUUCGGCGAGGGGCGAAAAAUGAGGUUACAGCAGCAAAGUCCAGACUCGGAACCUGACUACGCUAUCAUUGAGGGAAUUUACACGCGGCUUGACAGAAUUAUUAAUGAAACAAUUGUAAACAAAGCCAAGUGCGAAGUAUCUAACGUGACCUCCGAGCUCGAAGAGCGUUUCCGGACCCAUAUGACAAAAAUGACCGCAGCUAUAAAUGAAGUACGAGAAGGUUUAAUUAACGGCACCUUGCGUAUCGAUGGAGAACACAGGUGUCUAGACAAGAGCGCGGAAUCGUUCAAGGACGAGCUCCAAAAACUUCGACACGAUCUCGAAUUGAUUCUAAGCAGUUCUGAACAGCAAAACAGAGAUAUGGGUGAAGCUUUGUCAGUGGUUGGACGCACGUUUGAACAAAAACUCCAAAACCUUUACCAAAAUGUGGCUCAGGCAUUCAAGGUCCUUCAGGAGUCACAGAGCAAACUCUCCGAGUCUUGCUCCUUGCAAGCCGAUCGCCAGCACAGUGAAACAUCUUCAAGUGUGGCUCUACAACAGGCUGAGUUACUAGCUGCACUACGGAACACAUCUUCGGACAUCACUGCAACGUUCGAAAAAAGACUGAGUCAACUUAGAGAAUACGUGGAUGGUGUUCUCACUCAACAGAAUGGAGCUAGCGGAGGUGGCAAUGGUGGGCAGUCACAUAGCGCGACACUUCAGAUGCACAACCUCAACGGCGGGACCUUCGAAGGACACUUCGGACCUGGCAGCAAAUCGCUUGAGUCUUCGCGCCCCGCACCCUUAGACGCGCCCAGUGCCUCUGGCGAGGCCAACCGGGAGCUGCAUGAGCUCCACAACAUGCCACAGACCGAGGACCCCAAGGCUGAUUUUAAUCAACGCCCUAUGGGUGUUCUGCGAUUCAUCUAGUCGAUGGCUGAACCAACGGCUGGCCACGGCAACAGCAGAAGUCCUGUGAGUAUUAAAAUGACGCUGGGAGGAUAUCUGGUACAAUAUGUGCUAAAACAUACGGCCACUCGGAAAUCUGAAUAUCACAAACUACUGAGUCUGUUUGAAAAGGGCAAGUUCGAAAUGGAUGGUGGUGAUACAUCGUAGCGGAGAAAGCGGCGAGACUCAAAAGGGGCGUUGGUUGGAUAAGUUAUUAUAGUAGUAACAAAGGUAGCCAGAAACAGCAAACAUAGGUUUAACAAGGACUUGUAUAGAUUCCGGAGAUCUCAAUAAGCUUCAUUAAAAAAAAACUUUGACUCAAUCCUAAAUAUGAACAAUAUUGCUUCCAAGUUCAUCAUCAUAAUAAAACAACGCUUAGGAGAAACUUUUUUUGUUAUCGUAAUCAAAAUUUACUUAUAAUUAGAAAAGAUAAUAGAUAGCAACAUUUUUCUUAUGCAAAACUAAGAAAUGGAAAUAAAACAACUUCCUUUAUAUUUACAGUGAACAAU